CAGCGUGGGGGAUGGGAAUUGUGGUCCUAGACAAGGCUCUUGUUGGGGUAUUUUUCAUGGUGACCAAGUAGCCCUGCGACCUCGGGACAAGUUCACAAAACCUUCAGAAGUUUUUGUUUCACUAUGUCGCACUGAAGAGUUCCAGCUGUAGCCGAGCAUUUGCCUGAGCUCAGGCCUUCGAAUGCUCAGGGUGCCUGCACUUUUGGUGGACUGGUCCAGACAAACCAUCCCAUGGCAUUUCUUGCUCAAUCCAGAGACAGCUGGAACAAGAGGGCUCAUUGAAUUCGAGGGCUUGCCAAAGGAAUUUCCCACACAUCACUGCCAGUGGUCGGCUGCGGCGGCGCUGGAGCUGAGGACCCGCUUCACCUCAGGCCAUGGCAAGCCAGGGCCGGCCCCUUUACUUGGCCACCUUCGUGACCGGGCUCCUGGAGUGCAUCGGCUUUGCUGGUGUCCUCUUUGGCUGGACUUCACUGUUGUUUGUGUUCAAAGCAGAAAACUACUUUUUAAAGCCCUGUGACCAGGACUGCUUUCUCAGGAGCAAUGAAACAGGGCCCUCCGACCAACAAGCGCAGGACGAGAAGUUCUCACUCAUCUUCACCCUGGCAUCCUUCAUGAACAACUUCAUGACCUUCCCCACUGGCUACAUCUUUGACCGCUUCAAGACGACUGUGGCCCGCCUGAUAGCCAUAUUUUCCUACACCUGCGCCACACUCAUCAUUGCCUUCACCUCUGCAGACACCGCCAUGCUGCUCUUUCUAGCCAUGCCCAUGCUCGCAGUGGGAGGAAUCCUCUUCCUCAUCACCAACCUACAGAUUGGGAAUCUCUUUGGCAAACACCGUUCAACCAUCAUCACCCUCUACAAUGGGGCAUUUGACUCUUCCUCAGCCGUGUUCCUCAUCAUUAAGCUUCUUUAUGAGCAGGGCAUCAGCCUCAGGUCUUCCUUCAUCUUCCUGUCUGUCUGCAGUAUCUGGCAUGUAGGGCGUACUUUACUUCUGAUGCCCCAGGGACAUAUCCCCUACCCACUGCCUCCCAACUACAGCUACGGCUUGUGCUCCAGGUUUGGCACUAGAAAGAAAGAGAAUAAAGCAGCUGAGCAUGAAACCAAGGAGCUGCAGUCCAAGGAGUGUCUGCCGCCGAAGGAAGAGAACUUUGGACCAGAGCAGCAGCAGCAGGAGCAGCAGCAGCAGGAGCAGCAGCAGCAGCAGCAGCAGCACUCUUUUCGACGCUGCGUGCUCUCUCGCCGAUUCAUCUUGCACGUGGUGUGGCUGUCUAUCAUACAGCUGUGGCAUUACCUCUUCAUUGGCACCCUCAACUCUCUACUCAUCAAGUUGGCUGGUGAGGAUAGAGUGAAAGUCAGUGCCUACACAAAUGCCUUCGCCAUCACCCAGUUUUUUGGUGUGCUGUGUGCCCCAUGGAAUGGCUUACUCAUGGACCGCCUUAAACAGAAGUAUCAGAAGGAAGCCAAAAGGACAGGUUCCUCAUCUGAGGCUGUGGCUCUCUGCUCCAUGGUGCCUUCGCUGGCCCUGACGUCUCUGCUGUCCCUGGGCUUUACCCUGUGUGCCUCCAUUCCUGUCAUACAGCUACAGUACGCCACCUUCAUCCUGCAAGUGGUCAGCCGCUCCUUCCUGUAUGGGUGCAAUGCUGCCUUCCUCACGCUGGCUUUUCCCUCAGAACAUUUUGGAAAGCUCUUUGGGCUGGUGAUGGCCUUGUCAGCUGUUGUGUCUCUGCUGCAGUUCCCUCUGUUCAAAGUCCCCUCUGAGAGCAACGCUGUGUAUGUAUCGAUGGGGCUUGCCAUUUUUCUGACAUUGGUUCAUCCCUUCCUGGUGUACCGUGAAUGCCGUGCUGAGAAGACCAAAUCGUCUGUGGAUGCCUAGCCCAGAAGCCCUCACUCUCUAGCCUUGUUGAUACCUUUCCUGCUCCUUACUCGACUUUGAUGACCCAGUGUCCACAAAGACAUUGCCUACCCAGGAGAACUGUAGUAGGAAGCCAUAGUUUUUCUUAAACAGCAACAAACAAAAAACAGAAACAAAAAACAAGGCAUUUAAAUGCAAUCCAGGACUUUUGAUCACCAAGAAGAGAAUUUCUGUGGCCAAGUAGCUAGCCUUCACACCAACCCAAAGCAAAACUUUGUAUGAAUUCUCAGUUUGGGAGCAGGAAGUUGCUCCCUGCAUAGGGCCACAGCAGAGCUCACUGCAAGGGACAGGGAGAUAUGUCCAAGAGCCAUGCUAUCCCAAAGGACUUGCAAUCCAACUGACUGGUUAGCCAGAAAGAUUUUGGACGGCACUUCAUAUCCUGCCUGUGGGCAAUGUCCGCUCUUCAGGAAAAGGGAUAUUUAUUGAUGUAGGCAACUUUUUAUAUAUAAUUAGCUCCAGGCUUGAGAGAUGAUUUAACUCUUAAGAGCACUGGCUGCUCUUCCAGAGGCCCUGGGUUUGGUUUCUAGCACCCACAUAGUGGCUCACAAACUGUAACUGCAGUCCCUCCAUGAGCACUGCAUGCUUGUGCACAGACAUAUAUGCGGACAAAACAUCCGGACACAUUAAACAAAUAAAUGACUUCUCUAGGGAAUAAUUUUAUACAAUAAUAAAGUCUCUAUGUUUAAGGAAA